GCCACGGUAACCUCCUGCGCAACAGAACUUGCUUUAGCUGCCGUCACACGGGAGAUCUCUCGUAGUUUGUCGUUCUCGGAAAGAGGCCAACAGGCAAGAUGCAAAGAAGGUACGCCCAAUCGUUCAGCGGGUUCGGGGGGACCUCCCAGCGGGCUUCCAGCUCCGUAGCGAUGGGUCAGCAGUACGGCUACGGCGGUGGGGUGGAGGCCUACAGGAGGGUCAGGAGGAGCAACGGCGGGUCUCUCUACGGGAUGGCCCGUGGGGCCGCUGGCCUCUCCUAUGGCGGUGGUGCCGCUGGCCUCUCCUAUGGCGGUGGUGCCGCUGGCCUCUCCUAUGGCGGUGGUGCCGCAGGCAUCUCCUAUGGCGGUGGUGCCGCAGGCUCCUAUGGCUAUGGAGGGGGGAUCAAAAUGGCGCAGGCUAGUACCGUAGGUGGCGCAUUUGGGAUGGGUGGGGGCGCCAGCAGCUACGGGGCCGGUGCUUUUGGGCGGUCCGGCGGAGGUGUGGUUUACGGAACGCCGGGGGGCCCAGGGUUGCCAGGCGUGCCAGGCAUGAUAGGGCUGCCAGGCAUGGGAGGGGUGCCAGGGGUGCCAGGGGACAUCGGCUACGCUCCGUUCUCAGUGAACGAGAAGCAGCUCCUGCAGACCCUGAAUGACCGUCUGGCCUCCUACCUGGACAAGGUGAAGAACCUGGAGAUCACCAACCGGGAGCUGGAGGAUAAGCUGCGCGCUUUCACCAUCAACAAGGUCCAGAUCCGCGACCUGCAGGUGUACGAGGACCAGCUCAUCCCCCUCAGGCAGCAGGUUUUGACUUUGCUGGUGGAUAAUUCCCGCACAGCCCUUGAGCUGGACAAUGCCAAACUGACAGCAGACGACUUCCGAGUGAAGUAUGAAACGGAGUACACCAUGCGGCAGUCAGUCGAAUCAGACGUUUGUGGAUUGAAGACCUUGAAGACCGACUACGACUUCAGCAUCCAGGCAUUGGGCCAAGAGCUUCAGCUUCUGACAGACGAGCUGACAAAUAUUAAGACGGCCCACGAACUGGAGGUGGUGGCGCUGCGCAAUGAGAUGGCCGGCACAGUGGUGGUGGACAUGGACGUGGCCGACACCACCAACCUCACCAGGGUCCUGGAGGAGAUGCGCGCUGAGUAUGAAGCCGUCGUGGCGACCAGUCGCGCGGAGGUGGAGACGUGGUACAACAAACAGGUGGAGCUCAGGCAGCAUGAGGAGACCGUGACCUCAGAGACAACUGUGACCACCAGCUCUGAGAUCCUGGAGACCCGCAAGGCGGUCCACACCAUGCAGACAGAGCUGGACAGCCUGCGGGUGACGAAACUCACCCUGGAGGAGACCCUGAUUGACUGCGACACGCAGUGCCAGAUGCAGCUGCAGCGGAUUAACAACAUGGUGGUCACUAACGAGUGCGAGCUCUGCUCGCUGCGCGACCAGGCGAUGCUGCAGGCGCAGGAGUACCAGCAACUGCUCAACAUGAAGAUGAAGUUGGAGAUGGAGAUCGCCACCUACAAGCAGCUCCUGGAGACAGCCGACUUGGGAGCGGUUCUGCAGCAGACCGGUGGCGUGGUUGUGGCCGGUGGCGGCGUGCUAGUGACCGGUAGCAGUAUGGGAAUAGGUGGCGGUAUGGUAGCGACUGGCGGUAUGGUAGCGACUGGCGGUAUGGUGGCAGGUGGUGUUGCCAGUGCAUCCUCUAUGCAGAGCUCUAGCUCCGCUUCAUCUCAUUCAAGUGCACAGGCAUCUAGCGCCUCAUCACAAAUGCAGGCUGCUGGUGCAGGCAUGGCGAUGGUUGGUGGCACAGGGCUUGCUGUGGUUAGUGGGGCUGGUAUGGUUGGUGGGGCUAGUAUGGCGGCUUCAGCCCAAUCUGCCCAGAUGGCCCAGAGCUCAAGCAGCAGUUCAUCCCAUCAAGAGUCAUCUAGCUCCUCAUCACAAAUGCAGUCUUCUGCAAUGCAGGGUGGUAGUGCAGCCAUGGUGAGCGGGGUUACUGGGGUCGGUGUGAUCGGAGCGACUGGUGUGGUUGGUGGGGCUGGUAUGGUUGGUGCGGCUGGUGUGGUUGGUGGGGCUGCCAUGGCGGCUUCAGCCCAAUCUGCCCAGAUGGCCCAGAGCUCAAGCAGCAGUUCAUCCCAUCAAGAGUCAUCUAGCGCCUCAUCACAAAUGCAGUCUUCUAGCGGAAGCAUGGCGGCUGCUGGUGCUGUGUCUGGUGGUAUGGUUACUGGCGUGGCUGGUGGUAUGGUUGGUGGCAUGGCUGGUGGUAUGGCUGGUGGUAUGGUUGGCAUGGCAGCCGGCAGCGCUUCUCAAUCUCAAUCAAUGUCCAGCGCUAGCACUGCAUCUCAUCAAGAGUCAUCUAGCUCCUCAUCUAGUGCCUCAAUGCAGGCUGCUGGCAGCAGUAGUGCCAUGGUGGCUGGUGGUGGUGCCAUGAUGACAGGUGGUGGUGCCAUGAUGACAGGUGGUGGUGCCAUGAUGACAGGUGGUGGUGGCAUGAUGGUUGGACAGAGUGGCAUGGUGGCUGGACAGAGUGGCAUGAUGGCCGGACAGAGUGCGAUGCAGUCCGCUUCAUCUUCUCAGUCUGCAUCAUCCGAGUCAUCUAGCUCACAGUCGUCUGCCUCACAGUCCUCUGCAAUGCAAAUGCAGGGUAUGCAGGCUAUGCAGGGUAUGCAAGCUGGCAUGGUUCAAGGUACAGCGAUGCCGGUGAUGAUGUCCGGUGGCUCCAGCGCGACAUCAUCUACCUCCUCCAUGGGUGCAGCUGUGCCGAUGAUUGGACAAAUGUAAUCAGCUGACCUGGCCUGGAGCCGCCCUCCUUUUACAACUGGGGCGGGAACUCAAAGGAAAAUCGGCAUCAUGCUCUCGAGUUGAACACACAGGCUAUGGUUCUCAGAUCUGAAAUAAAGUCAACACUCCCAGCAAGA